ACGAGGAAAACCAUUGUCUUCAAUAUCCCCUUUUUAUGUGGGUAUUCUUCCGAACAAGAAACUCAACAAAAAUAAUAAACAAUUAUGGAUUCUCAAUUCAGAUGCUUUCAGCUGGGGCUGGACUACACCCUCUGCAUCUUCUUCUUCCUGCUCACUCUCUUCGCCGGAGUUUCCUCCCAACCUCUCGGCCAGUUGUGUCCCAACACCUCUACUUACGCUCCAAACAGCACUUAUCGAGCCAACCUCAAUGUUCUCCUCUCCACCCUUUCUUCCAACGGAAACCAUGAAAAUGGCUUUUACAACUCCACCGUCGGGGGCCGCAACGCCUCUGACGCCGCCGUGUACGGCCUGUUCAUGUGCCGGGGAGAUGUCGCCGCCGGCGUUUGCAGGACGUGUGUAGGCGAUGCCACCGUGGCCGUAUUGCAGCGAUGUCCCAACCAAAUGACUGCAACCAUCUGGUACGAUUACUGUAUGUUGCGUUACUCCGAUGGGCCUUUAUAUGGGAGACGCGACCAGUCUUCUGUCAUUUUAAUUCUGCGUAACGCUCGGAACGAUUCUCAACCGGAGAGGUUCAUGCGGUCUGUGAGAAACACGUUGGAUCAGGUGGUCACUCUAGUGGUCGACGAUGAAUCCCCCGACAAGAAAUUUGCGACUCGAGAGACUAACGUCACUGGAUCUGAGAGUAUCUACUGUCUUGGGCAGUGCCGGCCGGAUCUUUCCGACUUGGAUUGUCGGACAUGCCUAAGCAGCAGUACCCAACAACUGCAAACUCCGGCAGAGGGCGCUAGAACUAUCACCCCAGACUGUAAUAUUAGGUAUGAGAAGUACACUUUCUAUAAUAGCACAGCCGCCUCUGCGCCACCGCCGCCUCCAGUUCCAAUCCGUCCUCCUCCUCCUCCUCUCACCGGCGAAGGAAACAGUGGAAAUUCAUCUUCAAAAGUGAUAAUUGCCAUUGUAGUUCCUAUCGUUGUUGGGAUUAUACUCUUCAUUGCAAUCUUCUGUUUUGUGAGAGCUACAAAAGUCAAGAAACAAAUUACUACAACAGAGCAAACAGAUGUGUCUGGAAUCUCAACUGAGGAUUGCUUGCAAUAUGAUCUUGCUACUAUUCAAGUUAUUACAGAUGAUUUUUCUCCUGAAAAUAAAAUUGGCGAAGGUGGAUAUGGUUGUGUAUACAAGGGAAAACUUCCCACCGAACAAGAGGUAGCUAUAAAACGGCUUUCAAGAAACUCUGGACAAGGAGCUCAAGAAUUCAAGAUGGAGGUAGAAGUAGUUGCCAAACUUCAACAUAGAAAUUUAGUAAGGCUACUGGGAUUUUGCUCAGAAGGAGAAGAGAAGAUACUAAUCUAUGAAUUUGUGUCCAACAAAAGUCUUGACUACUUUUUAUUUGAUCCUGAAAAGCGGCACCUAUUGGAUUGGUCAAGGCGUUAUAAGAUUAUAGAAGGGAUAACACGAGGACUGCUAUAUCUUCAUGAAGAUUCUCGUCUAAGAAUCAUACACCGUGAUCUCAAAGCAAGUAAUAUAUUACUGGAUAGAGAUAUGAACGCGAAAAUAGCAGAUUUUGGCAUGGCCAAAAUAUUUGGAGUUGAUCAAACUCAAGGAAAUACAAACAGAGUUGUUGGGACAUAUGGUUAUAUGUCUCCUGAGUAUGCAAUGCAUGGCCACUUCUCUGUGAAGUCUGAUGUUUAUAGUUUCGGUGUUCUGCUUUUGGAGAUGGUAACGGGGAAAAAAUGCACUAACUUCACUGAUCCAAGUGGAGUGCAAGAUCUUCUUAGUUAUGCUUGGAAACAUUGGAGGGAUGGCACACCUUUAGGAAUAUUGGAUCCAGUUCUCGGAGAAUCCUUCUCAAGAAAUGAAGUCAUCCAAUGCAUCCAUAUUGGCUUGUUAUGCGUUCAAGAAGAUGUCGACGAGAGGCCUACAAUGGCAAAUGUUGACCUAAUGCUCAAUAGUUAUUCUGUUACUAGAUCAGCCCCUCGUGAACCGGCAUUUUUCUAUAGUGGAAGAUCAGAGCCUAAAGGAGAGUCAGAUAAGUCUAAGAGCAAGUCCAUGCCAUGGUCUGAAAAUGAAAUGUCCAUUACUGAGCUAGGUCCAAGAUGAGGGAGAGAACCAAGGAAUCCAGUCAUGGAGUACACGGAUGAAACUUAUGCAGAUUGAAAUUUAAAAAAUAAAUCUUUUGAUGUAUUGAAUUCUAGUCCAUGCAUUAUAUUGUUUGGAAAUGAUGAAUAUUGGUUGUUUAAUGCUGCCUUUCUGC